UAAGUACUCGAUCCAAAAAAGCAAAAUGGCUUGAGCUUUUUCGUUUUAUUGCGGUUCUGCUAGGGCGUUAUCGCCUGUGUUUCUAAUUAGAUUUUUGUUGCAGCCGCUAUGGGCCCGUGUAUCAGCAUUUAGUGCGUGGUGAAGUGACUCGUGCGCUAUCAAAUAGUGAUUGUUUUACACCACGAGACAAUGUGACAGCGUCGAAUGGCUGCCCCUCCUCCACGCCGAAAUGUCAGCAGUAGGCCGCACAAGCAGCACCUGUCUCCUCUUCAGGUUCUGCUGCAAAUGGGAUUUCCAAAGCAUAGAGCCGAGAAGGCUCUUGCAGCGACGGGGGACAGGGGAGUGCAGUUAGCGGCUGAUUGGCUCUUAGCUCACGUCAAUGACCCCACCUUGGACGACAGCACCCCUAGAGAGUAUAUCCUUUACCUCUGUCCGGUGGGACCCCUUCUGGAGCAGCUGCAGAAGUUCUCUCUCCAGUCUAUGCUGCAGUGUGGACGCAACGGUGCACACAACUACUUGCCGCACAUCACAUUGUGCUCUUUUUUCCAGGCUCCCGAUGAUGCUAUUGGACACCUUAGUCGAGCGCUACAGCAUGUUGUGGAAAAGCUGAAAGUGGAACUUCCAGAGUCUAUUAAGCUCGAACAUUACACCUCGCAAACAUUUCUUGGACUCUUUGUGGCCGAAGAAUACAACGAUGCGUUAAAAAAGCUUGCUGUUUAUUUUAUGCGAGAGGUUUCCGAAUUUAUUGUAUCCGAUAUCGGAGCACUGGAGGUGUUGGGCACUUGCUUCCCAUGGUGCUCAUCUUCUUAUUCUUCCCUUAGCAAGACUGCUUCGCGAAACAGGCGCAUCCAAGUGGAGCCCUACCUGAAGGCCCUGCAUAUCACGCUCGCAUACCAGUUUCAGUUGGAGCAUUACGCCACAUUAGAGAAGCUUAGCCAAGCCAUUAACACCAACGCUGCGGCCUGCUGGGAACUCAGGCUUUAUUCGCGAGACACCAGGAUAAAGGGUUGUGAGGUCCACAAAGUGCUGUACUCACAUGUGCCAAAGGAGCCUGAUGAGCUGGAGCUUCUCAUUGGUGACUUUGUGUACGUGAGCGGAGAGCACCUUGGUGCGGCCACCGAUGGCUGGGUGGAGGGCACCUCAUGGCUCACGGGAGCCACGGGUUUCCUGCCCAAGAACUACAUUGAGCGGACGGCCGAGUCGGACGCCUGGACGCUGCAUAGGUCCAUAACGAUAGUGAAGGAUGUCUUCAUUGAUAGUCUGGACGAUGGCGUGCUCCAAAGGAGGCCUGCAGUGGCAGCAGCCCAAGCUCCGCCAAGCCCUCAGGUGUGUCCCAAAGUACCAGUAGCCCCAGUAGCUCCAGCAUCGCCUGCAGCAGCAGCGCCGGUCGUACAACCAGGCCCUCCGCAGGCAGCAGAAAGGGAGGAAAAGGUCACCACUCCGCCGAAGGAGAUUAUCUACGAGAACCUAGGAUUUUUAAAUCAAGCAGCAAAGCAAGAAAGCACCAAGGUCAGCACGAGUCCACGAAAGCUCUACGUUGCUCGGCACGCAGAGCGAGUCGAUUUUACAUUUGGAGCCUGGCUGCCGAUCUGUUUUGAUGCAUCUGGGAACUACACGCGGAGGGACCUGAACAUGCCAGCUGUGGUACCGGAGAGGAAAGGAGGCUACAUGGACUAUGCAAAGGACUCCCCUCUGACUAACAUUGGCCUGUAUCAGGCCACACUGACAGGGAAUGCUAUGUGUGAAAGUGGCGUCACGUUCAGUCAUGUGUUUUCAUCUCCAUCUCUGCGCUGCAUACAGACAUGCACUAAUAUCCUAACAGCGUUGCACUUUGAAGACAUGCUCAUCAACGUGGAGCCCGGGUUAUUUGAGUGGCUCGCGUGGUACCCCGAGGGCACGCCAACAUGGAUGACACCUGCUGAGCUGAAAGAGCUAGGGUUCCACAUCAACCUCGACUACAAGCCGCUCAUCGAAACUGAGGAACUGAAACACAAGAAAGAGUCUGUUGACCAGUACUACAUGCGGAGCUUCUAUGUUGCUCAAAACGUCUUGAAGAGGACAGCACCGGAAGGUGGAAAUGUGCUGCUCGUUGGCCAUGCAGCAACCCUGGAGACAUGUACUCGCCAGUUAACAGGCCGUAAGCCUCGGUCAGCCACGGAGCUUGUACAGCUGGUGCACAAGAUCCCAUACUGUGGUCUCUGCGUGGCCCAGGAGGUCCCAAACUGUGGACCCCAGGCCACUGCAGAGGGCGCCGCUGGAGGCACCGGCUGGGCACUGGUGGCGCCUCCUAUCCCUCCUUUGACCCACAGUGCCAACACUCGUUUCGAUUGGCGCUGCAUGCUUUCAACGUGAUCGAGUGGUGUGGGCAAUGCUGCUGGGUGGUGUCGGAGAAAGUGGCGGCCCCGAGGGGCACUUUCAUUCACCAGGUACGAAGAGAAGGAGCAAUAUGGCUGUGCCGCCAAAGCGAAGUGUUCAGGGCUGGUUCGCGAGGCGAGAUGCAAAGGCGACACGUCAUUAUGACGUGCCAUUUACAAACCAUCAUUGCACUGAUGCACUAUUGUCCAAAUCAUCAAAAGGGGCUGAUGUCAACGACCUAGUGUUUUCAAAACAGUAGUGCAGUUGACCAAAACUGAUGUUGAAUUGCAUUGGUCAGUCUGUAGGAACAACCUCUUACGUCCAGAUUUUGCAAAGUGGCAUCUGCAAGAGGAUAUGUGCAAACAGUGUGAGAAAAAAAGUAGCAGACAAGGAAACACACAAACACAGCAGUGACUCCACCCCUGUCUGUCAUUUCUAGCACUGUUAGUACUCCAACCAUAAUGUAUUGCCCAUAAGCCCAAGCUAUUAAUGCUGCCAUGGGAAAACAAAGUGCUCCACGCCAGAUCACAGCUGAGGUUGUCACAAGCACAGCUGAGGUUGUCACAAGCAAGAGUGGUGUAUACUUUCCACCAGGCUUUUUAAUUGAUCCAAUGCUGUUAAUGCCUGGUAGCUUGAUUUGCUUAUCAAAUGAUUUGCUGCUAAAAGAAGCCUCAAGAUAGCCCCAAGCCAAUGCCUCCUUUACUGGAUGCCCGCCACAUCGCUCGCUUUCCCAUUGAAGCGGCGGUUCCUUUAGUUCAGCAUAAAUUCCGUGAGGCAGCGCUCGUUGCCUUUUCAAUUUCCGGCGGUGGCGGCAGCGGUGGCCGAAGACUUCCGUCGGCGCUUCGAUAGCGCCUGCCGACUCCGAGACGGUAACAGAUGCUAUGGUAAUCUCAGAGGCCGUAGCACGUGAUCUAGGUUGCAGACGUGCACAACAAGUGACGCUCGUUGCCUUUUCGCGGAGACGAGAAAAGGGAGAGGGCACGGAACCGGGUUUACCAGACCACGCGGCAGGCAUCUAAUAAAGGAGGCAUUGCCCAAGCACAGCCAGAUAUCAUACAGCAAAGCACAAUGUUGCGCAGUGAUGCUUCACAUACAGGGCCGAAUAUGGAUAAACUAAUCCUCUCAGCAGCCCAAAGCAGUGAAGUACACCACUGAAGCUCUGUCUGGAUAUGUGCACAGACAGCGAAACAAGAGAGAGCAAUCUUCCGCGGAGCUGUAUCGGUGACAACCUAAGAAUUCAGCACGAGCUCCACCCACAAAACUCCAGUAAAUCUGCCCUCCAUGCCUCCACUCUUCGAAGCAUGGUGCCCGCCAGCACUUGCCCCGAGUUUAUCUCUGAAAGAGAGUCGCAGCAGCUGGAGUCUGCUCACAGCUUAAGGGCUAUUGCUCUGCUAAUGUAAAUGCUAGGCUGAUUGUAAAAUAAAAGCUCAUUGUUUCUAGCUAAAAUAUUACUUUUGUCUAAGUACUGAUGUCAGGAUCUCCCAUAAAGCUUGACAAAAUGUUCAGGUUUCAUCCUAAAAGCAAUGACACAAAGAUUGAUCUGUACAAUGAAAUCAGCCAUCUUAAACACACAGGAAAAUGAAAAGCACUUGAUAUGGAAAUGAGCUAACGCAAUUUGCUAGCACAUCUAUAGAAAUUCUCUUCGAAUUGGACAGCAUACACAUGCCACUGCAUUUUCAGGUUGUCGCCAACUGUAGUUGACCAAAGACGAUCAUAACAUAAUGGGAACCUGCUCCAAGACGACCAGUCCAUAGAGCCUUCUCUGCCAUGGCUGAAUCAGGAACUUGCUACAGACUGGCCAGUGAAAUUCAUAACUAUAGCACCGCAGAUGCACUCUGGCCAUUGAAGGCCAUUGUAGAACUUGAAGCACAUUCAUAAAAAAAAGCUAGGAGUGGAGCGACCACUGCCGGACAGAGUGAAUCCACUGCACUGGGAACAAAUAGAUCAUGAUAAUGUAUUUGCAGCUGCAUACAGCUGCAACUGGCCUUUAAUUGCGUGCAGGUGCUGAAAAGUUCAACAGUGAUAGCUAGGUCACUCAACAUUGAGUCUGCACAUGUGAUAUGGGUGUAAGAUGGUUGAAAGUAAACUUAUUUAGUUUUGGGCUUGGAGCACAGCCGUCUCCAAGCACCGGGCUCAUAAUAUAAUUAUUUUCUCAACGUAUGUGUAUACAGCAAGCUCUUGUGCAUGAGCUGAAAUAUCAUUCAUUGGGCACCUCAAUGCUUGCUUCUGUCUUACCAAGAUGGUAAUGUAUGAGUGCUCUCUUUAAAAAUGGUCUCUACGCAGCUUUAGAAGAGUAACGACGUGACAUUAUUGACUUUUCAUCUUUUGCUUUAAAUAAAAAUUUCAGACGUAGAAAAAAUACAAAUACCAAUUUUAAAAAAUAUUUUUUCUACGAACCAGUUUCAAUUUUGCGUCCCAGGAGGUGCUUAUGUCAUGAUGCAAAAGGUGGUUGCAUGAAAGUAUUUACUCUUGCAAAGUGCGCCCUCGUGUAAGGCCCACACCAUCACUUUGGAGUGUGAAUAAUUGAAAAUAAACUUUCAAUAAGCGGCGCACAGCUGCGAUCUCGGAGGCCACACCCACAUGUUGGUUAAUUUCGGCAAGCCACUACUAGAUCGCACUAUUUACUGUUCUGCUGAUGAUGUAAUCAUCACCGUAUCCCCUAGAAUCGCGAUCACGCGACACAGAUCCAGUGUGCUUCAACGGUAUCGCUCCAUCACGCUUUCGGGCUCAUAAAAGGGUAUCGCUGCAAGAAGUGUAUGCAUAGAUUUUGAAUGCAUGGCGUAUGGUUUAAUUCAAGACUGUCAUCAAAAGUUGCAAGCUGGUGGGAAUGUAAAACAAAAAUGGACAGCAUCGAGAACAAUCACUUUUGGGAGAGCGCCUAUGAGGCAAGCCGUCAAACUGCAGGAACGACUGAAUAAAAGUAAUCAUAGCCGGCCGCUAAUGGUUGCAUUAUUCUGCAUAGCAGCCUGAGCACAAUUUGAAGCUUGUUAGUAGCCAUAAGUGUGCCUUGUGUAAGGCCCGUACCCUGUAAAGAAUCUGGAAAAUAGAAGUGUAGGCCUUACUUGAGUGAAUACGAUAGCACAUCAUAAAAUCUUGGCGCUCGCCCCAACUUGUUCAAUCAUCUGCUGUGCUGCUCCAGUGGGCUACUCUAUGAGCAGCAGCAUAGCAGACUACCGAGCGAGUGCCAAAAUAUCACAAUGUUCUGCUCCCACUUGAUUACCUGUGCCAUGAUGUCAUGAAACACAUACACCUCCUGGGAAAUGAAACCAAAACUGUUUCAUAGAUUAGUUUUAUCAUAAAUUAUUUUGUGUACUAUGAAGGCUCUCAGAGCACACUUCUACUUGCUAGAAGAAAUACUAUUUCUUCUAGCGUUCAGCGAUCUAGGAUCUUUGAAAAAAAAAAGGAAGUCUAAAAUGGUCAUCUCUAUACUCCUUUAAUAUUUUAAAAAUGUUCAGGUGCUACAGUAGCCUCCCUAUUUCGUUGAACUCCUGUUGUGUGGGCACAGUUGCUGCAAUUGCCCGACAGCCAGAGAAAGCGCUGUAUCUUUUGCCGUGACGUCACAUUGGUGUACCAGGCAAUGGUUUCGGCGCAAAAUUCUAAAAAUUUAACUUCGACCUUAACUUUCUCUUUAAGUAAUCAACCUCUCACCGUGAAAUUAAUGAAAAUAGAGCUCUGAAAGAAUACUUCGUCCGUCUAAACUGAUUCGCUGUUUCUCUUCAGUGCCUCUUUAAUUACCUGCCGAAAUUAGCGAAUUUUUAUAUCAGCUAUGCAGAGGUGCCCUGAAGAUGAUGGUGCCCAUAGGCUAUGACCAAAAUGGUUUUUAUACAGCACAGCGACAGGGAGUGGACAGCGUGUUGGCAUGUCCUGCUAAGGUUGAUUGGGUAUUUCACAUCACCAGCAUCAUCAUCAUCAGCCAUCUUGAAAAGAAGCCUGUGGCAUAUCACAUUUUCAAUUGGCAUCUCUCCUGUCUGUAACUGUAGCGAGAGAGUACAGUGGAACUCCAGUUAUGGUCUUUUGCAAAUAAUUUGAAAAUUUCAUUUACCUUGGCACUAACCCAUCAUGCAAGAAUGGUGACUUGAAAUACUGCUGUCAUGCUGAACAAAUAAAAGUGGGCUGACGAGUAGCCUUAUGUUACAGUGAGCUAGAGUAGGGGUAGUGUGCUCACUUUGCUGCGGCAGCAAUGGAGAGCGCUGAGGCUGCUAGCAUCAGCAGCGACUGUUUUGUUCACGGCGCGUCAGGUGUCGCAUCAGUCUAAAUCAACGUAGCUUUCAUGGUAGCCUCGGUCGCUCGGUCUGUAGGUGUGCUUGUGCUGUGAACAGCCUGGACAGGCUUUAGUUUUUUCUUGUGCAUGUAAGGGUUGACGCAUUGAUAUGGUGUUCGAGAUUGCUAGGUGUGGUUAAGUUCGUCCAAAGAUGACGCAGACACCAGAAUCACUGCUGCACUCCGGGCUGGGUGUACUUCGCACUUUGUUGGGUGCACUUUGCACCCAACUUUGGCAAAGUAUGCUAUAACGUUUUACGUUGUGGCAACGCUCCACUUUUAUGCAAACGUCUGAACUGUAGAAACGAGUGAGGGCCAAACAUUUAAAGUUGACCUGCUUUUGAAACUGCAGAUGAUCGUUUGAGUUGUGUACUAUACAUUGAAUGGUCCAUCUCCUUCACAACAGCACCGAAGCAAACCAAAUUGGUUUUUCAUCUCUACACUUGAUGCAUUUAUAUUAGGCCACCAUGCAGAGUAACAUACACGCAGCCAUUUCUGACUUCAGGACAUUAGUACCAUAAUUCACAUAUACCAAAUGUGUGUUAAUAGAGGUGAAUUGACUUUGGUUUGAGCUUGAAAUUCACAGCAGUGAAUUCACAGCAUUGAAAGGAAAAGAAGCAAACAGGUUGUGCAAGUUCAGCUUUAUAGAAGCAAGGAUUACAGUAAGAGGAAAAAAAAAAGCAUAAGGGUUUAUUCAAUUCACAAGUUAACUGUUUACUGCACCACAACCAUCACCUCAGAGGCAAAAACUUUCCCUUGCACUGCUGUAACCGAGGUUCUCAAUAGCAGCGUACCUCUGUACCUGCUGGUGAAGCACUACGGCUGGCAGGGGUGCAGUGUCAUGCAGUGUCAUUAACAGCAUACUUAAAAAUUCUCUGGAAAUAAGACUUGAACCUGCAUGCCAUUGCACCACAAAAGAAAUCAUACACGCCAGUGCCACUCUGCGAUUACUGUGAGCAGACAACACGCCAGUGUUCGACUGAAACGCACGUGUGACACAUUGACACCAGAAGCGCUCCAGCGCCGGUGCAUACAUGACGCGUGAAUCUUAACAGACCAAAGCGCGCGGGUAUUGGUUUAAUACAGAAGUAUUAAACCAAUACCCGCAUGCUUUGGUUAUACGUGUUUUUAGAGCACAGCUCUUAGGCUCCCAUUCCUGCGGCGGCUUACCGAGUGAACCAGCUCAGCGAAAGAUGAAAGCGAACGCGGAUCGCAGCGUAGGGAUGAAAGACGCGAGGAGGAAAGCGAAGAAGAGGGUGCAGCAGAACCAUGAGGUGGAAAGCGGAGGAAGGUAUGGAAAAAGUGUGAAAAGAAAAGCGUAGCGCGAUGACGAUGGCUAGGAGAUGGCGCCAGAGUAGUGCACGUCGUCUGGUAGCUUUGUCGGCGGCGGCUGCUGUGAAUCACGCCCACGCGCCGACUUUCGCGAUCUCCAGAUUAGUGCUGCAGUCGCGCCACACUUCGCUCCAUUUGCGAUGUGCCGCACGAGACAGAUUAUUGGCGCCAGCCAUUAUAUCGCUAAAUAAAAACACGUAUACAGCUGGGCUCAAAUUUCGCAUUAGGAAGCAUCGUAAUCAUCAGUGACUUUUUUUGCUUAUAUCCUGACCCAUGCAACAACAGACCUUUCGCACUUUGCAACGCUCUGAGCUCGCACGCCAACGCUGCUCCCUAUGUUUACACACAUCGCAGAAAAAUUGAUCUACGACUUCGAUACAAAACCUAAAAAAAAAUAGAGAAAGGGUUCCAAGUCUACAGUGUGUGUGCCACGCUGUUAUGACGUCAUUACCAUGGUUCCACUGCUGUAGGGAGCCUGCGAAAACAUGGCAUUCUUGAAGGCUCCCUACAUAGUACACUUUACCCUACAUUGCAGUCGCAAGUGGCACCGCCAUGCACCUUCAUAUCAAUGUGACAUCAGCGGCUUCACUUUCGUGGCGCCUCUGAGCACACUACCCCUAUUCUAGCUCACUGUACCUCUGAUAACUGCUAGUCUGAGCAAGAUUGCGGUUUUUUUCAUGCAAAGUUUUUUAAUGGAGGGAGCUGAGAAAUCUUUGUUGUUUUCAUGUACCUUGCCUAACAGAAGUACUCAAAAAUAUUACGGGUGCAAUUGUGCAAUUCAUGCACUUUUUUUUUUCGCAAAACAUUUGUCGUUCCCAUGCCAGUUCAUUGCAAGGUGUGUGACACUGGACGAAAUGGAGUAACUAGUGUUCUACUGUAGAGCAGUGUUGCCUCAACAUUUGUUGCCAUAACCUUGGCUAUUAAUGUGGAUAACCUGGAUUCCACUGUAUUUCUCAAUCCAUGAAGUGUAGACAUUUAGAAACAGCUGUUUUGGAGCAGUUAGAGGGUUGGAACUUUAUCUAUUAUCUGCACUCUCGAACAAGUGGUCAGAAAUAUGCUGCUACAGCACUGGCUGCAAUGGUUGCGCCUUCAUAUGUGUGACUGCAUGCGACAAAGCCUCUAGAUGCAGAGUCGCAAGAUAGCAAGUGUCAAUGACGUAAAGGUAGUUUUUGCUAUUGUCAAGCCAGCUACUGCCCAAGCACUGACCUCCUUCAACGAAGUGUCAGUCAUGCAAUGAAUUGCUGAAGUAAUGAGCUUUACUGACAAACCCAGGGUUUCCUGUGCUCAAUGAUUUUUGCGCUGUUUUUCUGUAGAUGUAGAUGUUAUGUGAAGAUGUUGGUCCUGUUGCAGUGGUGUGAACAGCUAUGAAAGUUGCACCGAAUUCCACCACAGCUGUUGUGGGGAACAAGGCACCGUAACUGGAGUGAUCAUUUUCGGAGUCUCCACUUUCAGCAAUUGCUCUACCUACGCUCGUUGUGAGAGCUCUGAGUCCAGACAAGCAGUACAGUGCUGUCCACUGUUGAAGGGAGUAUGUGAGCAUGUGGCUCAAACUUUUUGAGGCACAUGAACUUUAGCUGCCAGCAGUAGCAGUGCCGGUGCACCGUGCCGGCAACCUGGUUUUAAUUUUUGCUGCCUGCUUUUCUGCUGCAAGUCAUCUGCAGUUAAUCCAUGUCUCCAAAACUUGCUACAGAAGGAACUUGGCUUGCGCCACACAUACUUACGUGUUCAUACAAGCUGUGGGCCGCAUUUUACAAGCAACACCAAUACAAAAGGGAACACCUAAAUCAAAUGUUGAUUUGUACACAAGUACAAACUGUAGCAUGAAGACUUGCUGAUGCAUGCGGUGUGGGCCCGAUGUUCAUCAGGAAAUUUUCCUGCCUCUUUAUUUCAAUACAAAAAGCAAGGACAUUUAGCAGUCUAAACCCACCACGGUGGCACAGUGGCUAUGGUGUUCUGCUGCUGAGCACGAGGUCACGGGUUCUAUUCCCGGCCGCGGCGGCCGCAUUUUGAGGCUAAAUGCAAAAAUGUGCAUGUUCUUAUAUUUACGUGCUUGUUAAAGAAUCCCAGGAGGCCAAAAUUAAUCCAGAGUUCUCUGCUACGCCUCUUGUAGCCAGGGUAUUGCUUUGGGAUGUUAAACCAGAUGAGUCAAUCAGCGUUCUAAAAUGCAAGUCAGGUGUUCCCUCUCUGUUCGUCCACCAGGUGCGUACAUCACUGUUUUACUGCGAACAGUGAAAGCUGGGUGUAUUCCAUGCUUCUGAAUCUGAUGUUGCUGUGGGCCACUGAAUUGUUUUGAUGGGUACUCGGGUGUCAGAAGUUGGCUGCUUCGUUUGACUGCUAACAACCCACUUGAGGUGCUUAUUGAUAUAUGAUGUAAAGGUGCAUAUCUGCCUGUUUUAAGAAUAGAAAUGAUGCUGUUCACACAUUGCUACAUGUGGAAGCAGCUAAGAUGUGCAUUAACUUGGCAGCUGCUAUAUUUGUUGAUGCAUUAUUGUGCAUUUCUGGGCCAAAGUUAGCUUGCCUACUCCACGCUACCUUCGAGUGGCAACUGUAAUAAGCACUGCAGAUUGAGGCCGGACUCACAAGUGCUGUUAUUUUAAUGUACUGUACUUGCCCACAAGGCUGUAGCUGUACUAAAUUUUCCGGUUUCUGCUUUAGAUGUUCGUAUCACUGAGACCGUGUUUAUUGGAAAUGUUGUGAUGCAGACAGAAAGUUAUGUAGUAGUUCAGUCAGUGUUAAAAACCUUGACGAAGGAGCUGCCCUCUAUGCAAAAAUUUUAUUGUACGACUGUAGCCUUCCUCAAAAAAUUGCUGCACUGAAUUGACUUUUGACUUGCUUAGUCAGUUGGCACGUUGUUUUGCUAGAACACAGAUAUCAUUGUGUAAUUGCGCGAAACAGAACACACAAGAGAAGGGCACCGACAUCAAAAUCUGCACCAGCUUGCCCAAAUUUCAGUUCUUCAGGACAGAGAAAUUAUUUUUGUGUGCAGUGCUAAGGCACAAUUGUUGCCAGUGUCAAGCAGAGUCAUGUGCAGCCCUAAGAAAUUGCAUAAAAAUGAGAAACACACACCUUACUUGCAGAGAAGAAAAUUACAUGUUUUUUAUGGUGAGUCACCUGUGCAACUUGCAUGAACUUUUGCUCACCAUCAAACUUAACAUUAUCCUUAAACUGCUCCGGUCAUACUUGUAGCCAUACUUUAAAGUUAUACUACCGUGCUUUCUUUACUUCUGCACUUAGCAUUUCAGUCUUCACACGUUGUGUUGAAGCAGCUGCCUAAAUCCGCAAGUGAACUCUUAAGCUCCAUGAUUGGCCGCAGCAAAAGCUGUCAUCUGCAGCUGGCAGGAGUGUUGCAGUGGGCUUGAGAACUUUCGGCUGAAGCCUGUGCUUUGACAGUGGAACAAGGGAGGGCGAUUUACCAUGGAGCUAAUUGAUAAUAAACAAGUUCAAAACAUGGGAUUCGCUCUGAAUCGACAAAUAGGGAACAAAUUCUUCGCCGCAGAGUGUUUCAAAACAUGUGCCAGAUCGGCAAGUGAAAUUCACCUUUAAUAGCAUCACCGAUCCAGCAGCAUGCGACUUGCAUUCAGCUAACACUGGUGAUAGUUUCUCACAAUUACGUGCCGCUGGAUAUUGUGCACCGGAUGCGACAAGAGAAUGACCGCUGCUUGCAAACCUUUGUAUAAUGAGACACACUGAGUGUUUGCAUUAUGUCACCCAUUGAUGUGACGAGUAACUUUUUGCAGAAACUUUCCAUUUGUGAUUGUUGAUUUAUAUUACAGUGCAUGUUUAGGCAACUGAACGGCUCUGCAGGCACUUGCAGUGUGCACGACUGUUUGAAAAACAUAUGGAGCCACGGUAACGAUCUUGCCCGCACAUAAGCGAAAUGAUGAAAUCACAGCGUCAGCUUACACGUGUGCCAUACUUUGUCUGAAACCAUAACAAAGCUGUGCUGACAUUUUCAGCUAGUUCAUCAGGCUGUUAUAGGCUUGAAAUGGCUGAAAUCAUUUGGCUUAAUUAUCAGCACAAGAAGACAUGUGGUCACAUCCACCUAGUGAGAAGAAAGAAAUCCCCUUCUGGUGGUGCUGUGAGCGAACAUACAGGUGAUUUCACGCCGACAAAAUAAUGAAAGGAGGCGCGAGUGGGCGGGCUUCAUCAACUGGCAUCUGGCAAUGUGGCACAUCAGCUUAUACUUGGUUGUUGUGACAACCACGGUGAUGGGGUGGCAGCAUUGCUUUUCAACCUUUCUCAGCCACCAAAUGACAUCACCACACAUUGAGCUCCAAAGUUGAUCAAAGCAUCUGCAACUUUUUCUGGCUGUGUCAAGGAAAGGGGGCUUCUAAUCCUGAAUGUUUCUUGCUUUGUGGUCACACCUUGUCAUUUUCCUCCAAUGCCCAAGUUCAGCUUAGAGCUGAGAACUCUGAGUGUUGUUUUCUUUGCAGUGUGCUUUUGUGACAAAACUGUGCCAUCGUAUGAUAGUUUCCGUUCCUCUGUUUAGGGACCUCUUGCUAUUCACGAGGGGUUUAGUGUUGUAGUCCCGUUAUUUUCUUCAAGGAGAAGGUACCUUCAAUGAAUUACGAAUUGCUGUUGCCUUUGUUUUCUCUGGCGUGUAGCCCAUCGUUAAUUUAUUUUUGUGUAAAUACACAUCUUGUGCCGUGUGUGCCGAAGACCUUGUGUACAGAUUGUAGAGGUGUACAAUGAAAACUUGUUUUGGGCAGAGGGCAACUUAUAAAUCAUGUAUCUGAAAUUAUAUGUGUGCAACUUUAAAAGCAAGACAGUUUACCAUUAAAUUAUUUCUUGUUAUCAUGG